AUGGCGACCCCGAUUCGAAAGAAACGCAACUUCAAAGCGCUGCAGCUGGCUGUUUCAGACACUCCCGCUCCUGCACCUGUGCCGCUGGAACCAGUGCCCACUCGACUUGCGCCUGCGGCAGGGGGAAAGAAGCGGCCACCGCCAAUGACCCUCAAGGAUCCCAAAAUUCCAUCUAGCUCUAAUCCAAUAGACUCGGAGGGCACCAUACUAUCCACGAAUCCAGCUCUUUCAUCAUCAAACACAUCGCCAUCCGCCCGGCGAAAUACCUACCAUGCAACGCUCUCGAGCACACUCGCAAAACUAGACAUGAACGCUGAAAUGAACUUUGAGCUCCGUAAUGAGGAUUUGAAGGAUCUCCAGGAACUAGGACAGGGGAAUGGAGGCAGCGUGAAGAAAGUUGAGCACACACCUACAGGUACUAUGAUGGCUAAGAAGAUCGUUCUAAUUGACGCUAAACCGUCCGUCCGAAAGCAAAUCCUACGGGAGCUGCACAUAAUGCACGACUGCAAUUCCAAAUACAUCGUUUCUUUCUUCGGCGCUUUCCUGGCCGAUCCCAACAUAUGCAUAUGUAUGGAGUUCAUGGACAAGGGCUCUCUCCAUAGCAUCUACAAGAAGAUUGGCCCCAUUGAUAUCGAUGUCGUCGGUCAGGUCGCCCUCUCUGUGCUUGAAGGUUUGACGUAUCUCUACGACGUCCACCGCAUCAUCCAUCGAGACAUCAAACCAUCAAAUAUCCUAUGCAAUUCAGCUGGCCAGAUCAAGAUAUGUGACUUCGGCGUCUCAGGAGAACUCAUCAACUCAAUUGCGGACACUUUUGUUGGCACGUCAACAUACAUGAGCCCCGAACGUAUACAGGGCGCCCAAUAUACCGUCAAGUCAGAUGUUUGGUCGUUGGGCAUAUCACUUAUCGAACUUGCUCUUGGUCGCUUCCCCUUCUCAGAAUCAGAGUCGGAUGACAACGACUCGGACCUAUCGGAUCUCGAGGGUACACUUUCCCCAAACCGUCCCUUAUCAAUGGGCCUGCCUCCACCUCGAUCCUCUCGAACUCCCAAGACUCCUACUGACAAAAAUACACCUACCGAUAAAAAGAAGGACAGAAGGAAGAGCAAGGGCGUCAGCUUGCAAGGUGGCAGCAUGACGAUGAGUAUCCUAGAACUACUGCAACACAUUGUGAACGAGCCGGCGCCGAGAUUAACGCCAGAGGGACGAUUCCCUAAAGAAGCAGAGGACUUUGUGGAUAGCUGUCUGUGGAAAGAUCCUGAGAUACGGAAAACCCCCAAAGACCUUCUCGUAUAA